UCCUCCUUUCUUUUUCCUUUUUUUCUCUACUUUACUUCUUCAAACCCCACCAUUUAUCUCUUUUGCACUUCUAUAAACUCCAGCUUUUUAAUUUCUUCUUGUUUCUCCUUAACUCAUCAUCAUCUCGAUCCAUUAUGGCAACAAUUGACUGUUUUGAUCAAGAAAGCAGUUGUUCAUCUUCCAUAACCAUGCCUGACUCCAGCCAUAGUUGGAUGAGCUUAAAUCUUAACCUAAACCUAAGUAAUCUAAGCAUUAGUAGAAGAAGCAGUUUCUCAAGCUCCAUUUCAAUUUCUUCUCCUUCUACAAAACCCCACAAAGCCCAACAAGCAGCUUGGGAAGCCAUUAAAGGGCUUAGAAGACAAGUAGUUGGUGGUCGGGUCGGGCUCGAACACUUUCGGAUCCUUAAACGGGUGGGAGGUGGUGAUUUAGGGAAUGUUUAUUUAUGUCAGAUAAGAAACCCAGCAGUGGGGGCCCCACCAUGUUUUUAUGCCAUGAAAGUGGUUGAUAGAGAAGCUUUAGCAAUAAGGAAGAAAUUAAUGAGGGCAGAGAUUGAAAAAGAGAUAUUAGGGAUGCUUGAUCAUCCAUUUUUGCCUACUUUAUAUGCUGAUUUUGAUGCUUCUCAUUAUUCUUGUCUGGUUAUGGAGUUUUGUUCUGGUGGUGAUUUGUAUGCCCUUCGAUUAAGGCAACCCAAUAGGAGGUUUCAUAUCUCUUCUGCUAAGUUUUACGCCGCGGAGACGCUUUUAGCCUUGGAGUAUUUACACAUGAUGGGAAUCAUAUACCGGGAUCUUAAGCCAGAGAAUGUACUUGUAAGAGAAGAUGGCCACAUUAUGCUUUCUGAUUUUGAUCUUUCACUAAAAUGUGACGUGGUCCCUAAAUUGCUUAAACAAAAAGUGAUGCCAACUUCAAUUCACAAGAACAAUAAUAAUGUUAGGUGUUCCACCCCUUCUUGCGUUACUCCUAUACAACCCGUCCUUUCUUGUUUUUCCAAUAACAAGAGAAGGAACAAAUCAUCCCCUACGAACACCACCACCAUAAGGCAAAAAGCCAAUGGUGAUCGCAUCAAUAGCGACGACGAUGAUCAUGAUCAAGAUCAUGAUGGUGAUGGUGAUGGUGGUGGUAAUCGAGCGUUCUUUGACACGGAACUAGUGGCGGAGCCUAUUAAUGCUCGGUCCAAGUCGUUCGUUGGGACCCACGAGUACUUGGCUCCGGAGGUAAUCUCAGGGCUCGGUCAUGGAAGUGCGGUGGACUGGUGGACUUUUGGGGUGUUUCUUUAUGAAAUGUUAUAUGGAAGAACACCCUUUAAAGGUGAAAAUAAUGAGAAAACAUUAAUGAAUAUUUUGAAGCAACCCGUAAUGUUUCCUAGGAUGAGCCUAGGUAGUGCAAAAGAGUAUGAAGAAUUGAUGAAAGUUCAAGACCUAAUUUGUAAGCUUUUAGUGAAAAACCCUAAGAAAAGGAUUGGAAGCCUUAAGGGUUCAAAUGAGAUCAAAAGGCAUGAUUUCUUUAAGGGUAUUAAUUGGGCAUUAAUUAGGUCUGUUAAACCACCUUUGGUGCCUAAAGAACUACACAAUAACAAAAUAAGGAAAUCUACUACUACUAAUAGUACUAAUUGUAGUAGUAGCUAUCAAAGAAGCCUUAAUAUGCCCAAACCACUAACCAAGAAGGAAAGGGAACAACCAUUUCAAAUCCCUCAUCAUCAUUUUGAUUACUUUUGAAGCCUUACUUUUAUUUUUUCUUUAUUAAUUGUAAAUAAUUAGCUUAAUUAAUUAUAGCUUUAUUUAUAAUUAUAACUAGCUAGGGUUAAUAUUGUCUUAAUUUAUACUUCUAGAAGAGAUUUCUUAAGUUUUGGUGGAUUAAUUAAUUAGUAGCUCUAUCACUACAUAUACCAUUUCUAUCAUCAUAUGUAUUAUGUAUAAUCACUAAUCAAAUAGCUUGAGAGAGAACCUUUCAAUAAAUCUCUCAUUAGUUUUGC